AUGGCCGGAGUUCUAAGGUCACUGAGUUUCUGGAUACUAGUCCAAGUGUUCUCUUUGGUGUUAGCUCAAGACGGUACUCAAUUUGUGCACUAUAACUUCAGUAAAGCAGACCUUCAUCGUGAUGGCAUGGCAACUAUCGAUGAUGGCCUAUUGCAUCUAACAAAUAAUACAAACAAGAGUACCGGCCAUGCUUUCCACAAGAUCCCAAUGAACUUCACAAGAAUUUGUCUUUGCGAUGUUUCCUUUGCAAGGCGACGGUCAGGGACUAGCUUUUGUGGUAUCUCCCUCGCUGGACCUCAGAGCUUGACACUAAUCCAAGCUCUGAAGCAAUUGAUAGAUAGCUAUAACCAUGUGGGGAUUGAUGUUAAUAGCAUAGUCUCGGUGGAAUCUGCCAAUGCUAGUUACUUUAGUGAAACAGACAGGAAGAACAUAAGCUUUCCUCUUGCUAGUGGAAAAAGUAUUCUGGUCUGGAUAGAUUAUGAUGGUGUAGAGAAGCUACUAAAUGUAACGUUAGCUCCAGUUCCAACAAAGCCAACUUCGCCUCUCUUGUCAAGAUCCAUCAAACCAAGUGUGCCUCUCUUGUCAAAAUUCAUUAAUGUUUCAGAAAUAUUCAGUGAAACCAUGUUUGUAGGCUUCUCAGGAUCCACAGGGACAGUCAAAAGUGACCAAUAUAUUCUUGCAUGGAGUUUCAAGAAAGGUGGACAAGCAGAGAGCCUUGACUUGUCAAAGGUUUUGGAUGCCCCUAAUCCACCUCCACCACCCUCAGGGUCCAAUGACUCCUACAUGAAACUAAUUCUAGUUGCUACUAUACCUUCAAUUGCAUUUCUUAUGAUGCUUGGAGGAAUUUUUUAUCUUUACAAGAGAAGGAAGUACGCAGAGGUGCUAGAACAAUGGGAACAAGAUUAUAUCCCUCAAAGGUAUUCUUUCAAGAACCUCUACAAAGAAACAAAAGGUUUCAAGGAGAAUCAGCUACUUGGAGCAGGAGGAAACUUUAAAGCUGAAGAGGUCAAGAUGCUUUUGAAGAUAGGCAUGCUCUGUUCUCAGAGCAACCCAGAGAAUAGGCCUAGUAUGAGACUUAUAGUACAAUAUCUUGAAGGAAAUGUCACUGUUCCGAGCAUAUCAUAUGAUACAUCUGGAUUUGGUAUGCCUAAUAUAAGCAAUGAAAUGGUAACACAACUGACUGCGACCUCCUCAUUAGCUAACUUCUCGUUUGAAGAUGUUACAGUCCUAUUUGGUGGUCGUUGA